UAAAAUAGCAUCUUCUUGUUUUAUAUUCUUGCAGGUUUCUCGAUUGCUAGGUGCUUUCAAAAACCAAAAACAGGUGACCAGAAGUUUUAGUAGUGCUGUACAAACAGUAACUUUAAUCCCAGGAGAUGGCAUAGGACCUGAGAUUUCUGCUGCUGUCGUGAAGAUCUUUGAUGCUGCCAAAACUCCUAUUCAGUGGGAAGAAAGGAAUGUUACAGCUAUCCAAGGACCAGGAGGGAAGUGGAUGAUUCCUCCAGAUGCCAAAGAAUCCAUGGAUAAAAACAAAAUGGGAUUAAAAGGGCCUUUAAAGACCCCGAUUGCUGCAGGACACCCAUCAAUGAACCUGCUCCUGCGUAAAACCUUUGACCUUUAUGCAAACGUCCGUCCCUGUGUCUCAAUUGAAGGGUACAAAACCCCAUAUACAGAUGUGAACAUUGUCACGAUUCGAGAGAACACAGAAGGCGAAUACAGUGGAAUUGAGCACGUGAUUGUUGAUGGUGUUGUGCAAAGUAUCAAGCUGAUCACAGAAGAGGCCAGCAAGCGUAUUGCAGAAUUUGCUUUUGAGUAUGCCAGAAACAACCAGAGAAGCCAUGUUACUGCUGUGCACAAGGCAAAUAUUAUGAGAAUGUCUGAUGGGCUUUUCUUGAGAAAAUGCAGGGAGGCAGCAGAAAACUGUAAAGAUAUUAAAUUUAAUGAAAUGUACCUGGAUACUGUGUGUCUGAACAUGGUUCAAGAUCCAUCACAGUUUGAUGUGCUUGUUAUGCCAAACUUGUACGGUGACAUCCUCAGUGACUUGUGUGCUGGACUGAUUGGGGGUCUUGGAGUAACACCAAGUGGUAAUAUUGGUGCUAAUGGAGUUGCCAUUUUUGAAUCGGUUCAUGGAACGGCACCAGACAUUGCAGGAAAAGACAUGGCAAAUCCAACUGCCCUUCUGCUGAGUGCUGUGAUGAUGUUGCGUCACAUGGGACUACACAAGCAUGCAGCAAAAAUUGAGACAGCUUGCUUUGAUACAAUUAGAGAUGGAAAGGUCUUGACAAAAGACUUGGGAGGUAAUGCCAAGUGUUCGGAAUUCACAGAGGAGAUCUGCCGCAGAGUAAAGGACAAAGACUAAAUUUUUCUCAUACUACCUGUAAUAACUCCGAAAGGACACAGCACACAAAGUACAUUAUAUAUGAUAUCCAUAUGCGUAUAGUUUGCUUGUCUCUUGAGAGCAAACUUUUUAGCUAGGGCCUCUCCAUUAAUAAAGUCAGUCCAAAUGGCUACGAAUGA